GCGGCCUUUCGAGGUUCGAGAUCUCACUCGUUCGUUCUUUCAAAUGGAUAUUGAUCCCCUCGCCGAUGCUGGUCCGCCUCGUCAUGUUAUCGAGUCUGAUGAAGAGGAAGACGAAUACAACCCUUUGCAACACACGAAGUCGCAUCCCAGGAAGAUCGAAAUCCAGAUACUCGGUGUCUCUGAGAGGCUUUCCGAUGGGCUCGUUAUCGCACAGGGAACUCUGGCGAAGUAUUGGGCCCGCGCAGCGGAUCUCCGGGAACAAGUUGGAGCAGUCAUGGUGAACGGGAUUCAAGUUGGUCUCCUCUUUCGGCCAAGCUGGACGCGGACCACUGUCCUGGUCUCGGAGGUCACGACUCAACUGCCCAUAUGGGCGAUGAAUCAGUAUGCUGCCUCCAUACUGGACCAACUACAACCCCGAAAAUUGGCCUUGCUGGAUAUUUAUGUUGAACCUACGUAUGUAUCGCAGAAGCGUCUCGCGUAUCCCGAUGCAAAUUUGCGCUACCUCUGCACGGAAACUGCUGCUGAAUGGAUGAUUUCUGCAGCUGAUUUGUUCUCGCCCCCAAACCUUGUCCAGUCAACUUCGGCCUCCUUUGUCGCGCAACAAGCCCAGCGAGGGUUGUCUGCAACCCUUUUGCUAGUCCCAGCUCCACAUGUCCAGUUGGCCCCUCCUCGCGAUCUAAUCGAGAGCCAUUUCUCGCAUUGGGAUGAAGAUGGAGACCCAUGGAACCCUAUUCUUGUGUCCAGAGCUCAUGAAUUACUCUUCCGCUCGUUGGACGUGGACUGCCAACCAUGGAAUGCGCCGGGAGCCGUAAAGCCCAGUGCGAAACGAAGACGCCCUACUGACUCCGAAUCUGGCAUGUAUAUCUGAAUUGUGACGUUUCAAAUAAAUAACAUCACACUGAAUACUUGGGCCGAACGAUCGCCUCUAGCUCUUUGAUGAUAAGUGCAGAAUCUCUGUCCAGAUCAACGCGCCACGUGCUGAUGGCAAUUCGUGUCGCAGGCCGAUUCUCCCAUUGUGUUCCCGUUACAUAGAUCGUGCCGGCUGAGUUCAACCGCUGAACUAGAUGUGAGUUCAGGUCAGAUGCCCGCGCACGGAACAAGACGAUAAUAUAUAUGUUUGCGGCCGACGUGUGGCGGGGCAACAGCUCGUAGUCGCUCGAUUGCGAAAUGUAUUCCGCUACUUUUCGUGCAAGCGAGAUUUGGCGCUCCAGCAGGUCACGAUACCAGUCUCGGCCGUAGGCCACGAGUGUAGCGUACACUGGCAGCGCGCGCAAUCGUCGGCUGUUCUCGAUGCCGAGGUUGUGAGCGGAGGGUACAGCCUCCGAGAGAUCGGGUGGUAGGGCAGAUCCGUUCUGGAACACCUGUUUCUGAAUUCCGAGAUGACGGGUGAAAAAGAAGCCGCAGUCGUAUGGGACAUUGAGCAGUUUGUGAGCAUCUCCUGUGAUCGAGUCCGCGAGAUCAAGCGCAGCCACUCCAGCCAUGAUAGAGGCAUACUGCGGCUUGGAUAGAAGCCGAGCUUGUAAACCGAAGGCUAGAGGCAGUAAGCAGACGCAACAUUAUCGUAUAGCACAAACCAGCAUCAACAUGAACCCAAGCCCCGUAUUCAUCUGCCAGAGCACGGAUUUUUUCCAUAUCAUCUCUUGUCGUCGCAAAAGCUCCGGCGUUAACCUCUCCUGCACUGACAGAUAUGAUGCUUGCGAUUCCCCGUUUGGAUAGAUGCUGCUCCAAGGCAUUCAGGUCAAGCCGCCAAGGCUCUGCCUCACUCAGCGGUAACAAGAUGACAUUGUCAGUGCCCAGGCCGACGAUGGAUGCCGCCUUAGCCAAUGAAGAAUGCGGCAUUGAGGAAAGCACUCGGAUUCGCUGGACCCCCGCGCGCAAGCAAGCUGGGAUCAGGCCCUGUUGGGCAAUACUGGCUUGAGUUGCCGAUGCUGAGAAUCGCAUCCCAGAGAUCUGGACAGAAUAUUCGCGUCCGAGAGCGAGACCAAGGGUAUUGGAUGCCGUGGCACCGGACGUGAAAGUCCGUCCGGUAAAGAUACUUGCAUCGAUAUCAAGCAAUUGCUGCAACAUUCUAUGGGACUGUGGGAACUAGACUCAUCAUCGACCUAGAGGUGAAAAGCACCUCAAAGCAGCAUCUUCUACAUUCCCAGCGAUGCUUUCUGUCGGCGCGAAAGUUUGCACAUUCUGAUCGAACGCGCUUACAAGCCAGUCGGCGUACAAAGCUGCGUCUGUCGUUCCGCCAGUGACAAACCCAUAGUAAUUGGGAUUCACGCUUUCCCUAUUCAAUGCAGGCGCAAUAUCUUCGAGCAGGUGCUUCCUAAUGAGAUCUAAGCCCAAGCCCUGACUAGGGAGUGAGGAUGGGAGGGAUCGUUCCGCGCGGAGGAUGGCCUCAGCAGAAGGUAGAGGGGAGAUAGAUCCGACAUCGAGAUCAACAGAGGCAGCAAAAUCAGCAAGCAUAUUGAGACUCAUCGUUAUCGGAUAAGCCGAACAGUUCAACUGAGGUUGAAGUUGAGGCCUGAGGGUUGCAAGUAGGCAGUCGAGCUUGAAGCGAGAUACCGG